GUUAGCAGUCUUUCAGAGAAGCCGCCGGGUUAAGUGGUGUCAGAGCGUACGCAUUACUUUUACGACGUCCGUUGUUUGAUCAAAAAUUGUGGUGAACAGUGAAGCUUUCUGUUUGGUGAAAGUGGAAAAAGUGUACGAAACAUUCGCCAGCAGCAAGAAGUGCUAAAACUUACACUCGGAACAGUAUUCUUGGAAGUGUAAAAUCAUGGCAGAAAAUCCCUCGACUAUGAAAGCUGACAACAAAAAAAAGUUAAACGUUGGCAAUCUGCCAGCCGACACCACCGAGGAGGAACUGCGGGAGCAUUUUACGGACCACCCAGUGGAAAGUGUGGAAAUUUUCCACUACAAACAGUACACCUUAGCCCUGUUGCUCUUCAAAGAUAAGGAGACGGCAACAAAGGCUCUCAAGGAGCAUGAUAACUCUGUCUUCCGCGGACGUCGGCUGCGUAUGCACCUUGAGUACAUCGUCAUUUGUCACAUGAAGAAGGAUGUCUUCGUGUAUGUAGUUGACAAUGAGAAUGUCACGGAAGAGGAUGUGUAUGAAAAGUUCAAGGAGCUGGCCAAGCUUCAGUCGGUGGUUUUGUUCCAUCCCCUAGCCUACGUGACUUGCACAAGUCCGGAGGACAAGGAGGAAGCGAUGAAGAAGAUCGCUGAGGCCGGCAUUAACGUGUACGAAUGUCACGGGCAUGAUCAGAACCAGCACAUUGACGUGCUGCGGGCUGCGAAAUUAUUCUUCCGUAAUCUGAACCGUGUACAGAUGUACAACAUUCCCGAGAACUGGGUCAACUCCCAGGACGAGCUGAAGAAGGCAGUCGAGAGCUCUGGCACCGUGACGGAGGUGCGCGUGACGACCGGCAAUUUCGGUCCCGCCGCGCAGGUUUUCUACGAGUCGGCCGAGGAGGCGAAGGCUGCCGCGGACAAACUGAACCAGCAGAUUUUCGAGGGUAAGCGCAUCCACGCGCACCACGUGAUCGCUACGAUGAUCCCGAACUACAAGACGAGCGUGUACGUCGAGUCGCUGGACAAGAGUGUCACGGAAGAGAUCCUUUACGAUCACUUCCAGCAGUACGGUGAGAUCGAUUUCGUUAAUCGGCGCAAGUUUGGUGACGAGCACGGUCUUGUGUGCUUCAAGGAGGCCAGCUCGGUCGAGCGCGCCCUGGAGUGCACCGCGCUGCCCAUGCCGAAGAAAGAGGACGAAACCGCCAGCGCGGAGAAAACCAUUGUGGUCAAGCGCUACGAUGGCCCACUAGUGCUGGACAUCAAGCUGCCACCGAUCAAGAAGAACUCCACCGGUGAGGAGGGUGAAGAGCAGAAGCAGCGCCCACCACCGCAGCCCCUGGCGAAGCUAUGGCCCAUCUACGUUGCCAAUCUGCCGUACAAAGCGGACAAGCGCGAAAUCAAACAGUAUUUCUCCAGCUACGGAGGGCACAUUAAGUUCAUCUUCUCGCCCAACAUUCCCUCGUACAAGCAGAGCCAGACAUCGAUGGUUAUGGCCGCGCUGAUCUACUUUGCGCGCCGCGAGCAAGCAAACGAAGCGAUCAAGGCGUUCAAUGGAAAGCACUUCCAGAGCAAGUGUUUGCACGUGUUCCCCGGGCGCAAGGACACGUACUUCGACACGGAAAAGUCGAUCAAGGUCGUGCGGCUCAAUCUGGCCGUUACGGAGGAGAAGCUGUUCGAGAAGUUCCGCAAGUUCGGCUUCAUCGAGUGCGUGGUCAAGAAGGAUCGCACCACGGCGUUUAUCGAAUUCCGCGACAAGGAGAUUGCCGAGAAGGUGCUGAAGCUGGACGAGAAGCAGCGUCCGGUGCGUUGUAACGUGGAAUCGGUGACGGGUAAGAUCAAUAAGAAGAUCUUCAAGGAGAAUGACGAAAAGAUCUCGCUGGCUAUGCAGGAGAUCAUCGACAAAAACCCGGCCGUGUUGGAGAACGUUUCGUCGGAUCGUUCCAGCGGCCCGCCGCCACUCAAGCGCAGCCGCUUCAGCGGACCAUCCAACUUUGGCAUGCAGGGACCGCGCAGUCAAUUCAAUCCGAACGCUGGCAACGACUUCAGCAACCCGCAGGUGCUCCAAGAUCUGCUCCGGUUGGCAUUUAUCUCCGGUAAGAAUCUCGGCGAGGGUCUGGCCAACGGUGGUCAACACGGUAACAAUCCGUUCACCGGAGGAGACCCUCCACUGCCCAGUCUGAACAGCCUGGGUAACGGUUUCGGUGGUGGUGGUGGCCAACGAAACAACUUCAACAACUCGAACAACGGCAACUUUGGCGGUAGUUCCAACAAUGCCGGCGGCAACAUGGGCGGCAAUCGCAACAACAUGGGCGGUGGUGUGAAUCGUAACUUUGGACAGAACGUCGGUGGUGGCGGCGGCGGUGGCAACAUGGGUGGCGGCUACCGGAACAACCUGGGUGGCAAUUUCGGCGGAAAGCGCUUCAAUGGCUCGCAACAGUCGAACCGGAUGGGCCAAAAUAAUCGCCAGGGUGGUGGUGGUGGCGGCGGCGGUGGUGGCAACCAAAACCGACGGUUCUAAAUGCCACUUGCGCGCCUCCAUAAUAGUCACCACCUAUUCCGCUCCAUCCCAACCACGCGCACACUCUCCAUGCUCUUUCCAUAUACUCUGACAUUGUGACAUUGACGGUAUGUUUUAAUUUUACCCCUCUUCCAGAGGGUGCCCGAUCUGACCGACAUAACUUUAUUUUGACCCCUUAUGAGAACUCUAUACACAAUAGACGCAGGAGGGAGUCCUUGGAGUGUGGAUACCAUCCUAUUUCCUUUUUCGGAAGGGAGGUAAUAGGACAGCAGUAAACAUUUUGGACAACUGAUUGGUUCGCAUAUGAUAUGGUCGUAAAAUUACGUGGCUUUUACCGCACUGAUGGUGGUAUUUCCGGAGUUAAAAGUUAAACGUAAAACAACUUUUCACCUUUCUAGCCGUGACUAGGCAACUUUUUUUUUGUUUAAGAUAUUUGUAUAACCAGUUUCAUCCUUGAUCGAGUAAUCGAUCGGUAAUGGACAAUUAAUUAUCAUUAAAGCCGCGUAUCGCACUAAAGUUUUCGUUGUGCACAUUUCGUGCACUCAGAUUGUAUUUUAAUCCAUUAUAAUAGCGACAGCGGGAGUAAUGACGUAUGUUUUAAUCCCGAAAAGUAGGUUUUGUCUUUUUUUUUCUAUGCGAAAGAUUGUUGUGCGUAUUACGGAACAUCAAUCACGCUUGUAUCAAUUAAAAGGUUGUCUUACUUCUUCUAACCGAACAUAACAACUAGUAUUCAGCACUCUCCCGAUGGAUGGCGUUAUGUGCGAAGUCUAAGGCCCUUAUUGUAUGAUAAAAUCGUUUUGCUUGAGUGAACAAGAAACAAGCUUAGAUGGAAAUAAAAGUUUGUACAAUUAUCUUUUA